AUGGCAUCCAUGAAUGGUGAUGGAAGCAACCAUGCGAUCCAGAACACAGCCGUGCUCAUGCACCAGUCAUCUUUGUCAUUAAAAGGGCCUGAUGUGGCCAAAGUGCUAGUUGUCUACACAGGGGGAACGAUUGGCAUGGUCCCUCAAGAGGGAGUGUACACACCUAAAGCCAACUGCCUGGUGGAGAAGUUGAAGGAGAUGCCAAUCUUCCAUUGUAAGAACACAGACCUGGUUCUCACUCUAGAGCUGGAGGACUUCCUUAUCUUGCAACCAUCAGCCAAAGACCGUCGACAUGUCAUAUACAAAAUAGUGGAGUUUGAUCCUCUUCUAGACUCGUCAAACAUGGUCAUCGCUGACUGGAUCAAGAUCGCCACCUGCAUUAAAGAUAACUACCAGGACUACGAUGGAUUUGUGGUGCUCCAUGGCACCGACACCAUGGCCUACUCUGCCUCGGCUCUCUCCUUCAUGUGUGAACACCUGGGCAAGCCCAUUAUUCUCACUGGCUCACAGAUUCCAAUAUUCGAAACUCGGAGUGAUGGUAGAGACAACUUCUUGGCCUCUUUGAUAAUUGCAGGGAACUACUCAAUCCCUGAAGUCAUGAUCUGCUUCAACGAAAAGGUCUUCCGAGGCAAUCGCUGCAUCAAAUAUGAUUCUGGAAGUUUUUCAGCCUUUACAUCACCAAACAUGGCUCCUCUGGUCACCCUAGAGAUUGAGAUCAAAGUGGACUAUGCAGCAGUAUUUAGAGCGGGAACUACAGAAAAGUUCUCUAUUGCUACAAACAUGUGCUGUAAUGUUGGACUGAUACGGCUUUUUCCUGGCAUCACAUCUCAGACAGUUCGAGCUUUCCUUCAGCCUCCUGUCCAAGGUGUGGUUUUGCAGACUUACGGAGCUGGCAAUGCCCCCAACAAUAGACCCGACCUUCUGUCGUUGCUCAAGGAAGCUUGCAACUGGGGGGUCCUGAUUGUCAACAUCUCCCAGUGUAGCAGAGGCAAUGUGGGGGUUAUCUAUGCUACAGGCAUGGCCCUGGAGGAGGCCGGUGUUAUUGGAGGUGGGGACAUGACCCCUGAGGCUGCACUGUCCAAGCUCUGCUAUGUCCUGGGCAAGGAGGAGUGGUCACUUCAGCACAAACGCAAGAUGCUGGCUCGGAACUUACGGGGAGAAAUGACCACAGUGGCAGAGAGGGAACUUUCCGUUUCGGACUCAGAACUGAUAGACAGUGUGGCUCGGUUUAUGAGUUUGAGUACAAAGGAGGAAAUCAUGAAAGUCAAAGAUGCCAUUUAUCCUUGUCUAAUGGCUGCUGCAGCUAAAACGGGGGACAUUCCGGCACUGGAGAAACUCCGCACAUCAGGAGGCCACCUCGGAGCAGAAAAUGAAGAUGGCAGAACAGCUCUUCAUGUGGCGUGCCGUCAAGGUCACAUCAAUGUCGUCCACUACCUCUUACACCAUGGGGUCAGUGUUCAUGUCAGGGACAGCCGCAAAGAGACCCCGCUGAUUGACGCCAUUGAAGGGGGUCAUCUGGAGGUCAUCAGGCUGCUGGUUCAGACUGGGGCAACUAUGCCACUGCCGAAGGGUCAGGUGGCAGUUAGAAUGAACAGUGCUGCUUCGGAAGAUGAUGUCAAGGCCAUUGAAGCUUGGGUAACUGCUGGAGCAAGUCCAGACUGGCAUGAUUAUGACGAGAGAACCCCGUUACAUGUGGCCAUCAGCUUAAACAACCGAGCGGUGUCCGAGUUUUUACUGAAGUGUGGGGCUCGAACAGAUGUGGCUGAUGCCUUUGGGCAUACACCUCGGAGCAUCGCCGUCAAUCUUGGACACGAGGACUUGCUGGCCAUCAUUGACAAGACUGUGAACUCCACAGAUGAGCUAGCUAGUGGAUAG